GUCACCUUCAAAUUAGCCCCUUCAUUUCUCCAUUCCCUCCCAGGCUAAUUUCACAGCCAGUUACUUGCAUUUGGGGUCAUUUCAUUCUUCAUUUGGUUGACGAGGAUUAAUCAGACCGAGGGCCUUGGAUUCUCCAUCUUAAGUGGAUCUCUGUCGCCGCGGCCUCAUUUAUCCGGGAUGGAGUGCAGAUGAGAGGAGGCAUGGAUUCGUCCCAGACCGCAGGAGAGACAGAGCAGCCCGUUUCUGAAGGAGGAAGCCCAGAGGAGAAGGAACUGGGAGAGGACAGCACUGAAUCUGGCCCUCUUGAGCUGGUCUCUGUCACAGAAGAGGAUCUGCCUGUAUGCGAAACCCCGAGCACCUUCAAUCUCAGUGCCUUUGGCAGUCAAAACAGCCUCUUCUAUGACCCGGACUCACAGGACCCUCAUGUGCCCAUUGAUCUGCCCAAUGAGGCAUCUGCUCCACUGCCUGUGUAUAAAAUAUACAAUAUUCAGAUCCCACCAAGUCCAGGUGUGCCCGUCAUCAAAGUCCAGCCCUUCCUGGAUGGAGAGGAACUGUCAAACCUGAAAUCCUUGUGUUGGCCGUAUGUGUCUCGGAGACUGCUGACUCUGCUCAUUGUCUUGGUCUUGUUAAUAGUCUUGAUUCUGACUCUAGGAAUAGGUUUGGGAGUGGGUCUGAAGAGCUGCUCAGGGAAGUUUCAAUGUGUGUCGUCAGUUCAGUGUAUCAGCAGAAACGCUGUGUGUGAUGGAGUCCAGGACUGUAGAGAUGGAGAAGAUGAACUCAACUGCGUGCGAGUGAGUGGCAGUCACUCAGUGCUGCAGGUCUUCGGCAGGGGCUUAUGGAGGACGGUGUGCUCUGAGGGCUGGGAUUCUCAACUGAGCACUUUAGCCUGCAAACAACUGGGAUACAGCAGUUACGUGAGCUCUGCCGCCAUACCCAUCUCCUCCAUUGAAGAAGUCUUCCAGAACAAUCUAGUCGCUGUUAAAAUCAACCAAACACACCUUCAUGACACCUUCAGGAUCCAGAACUCUUCAUAUGCUAGAAACACCCACUGCAAUUCUGGUUUAGUGACUGCUGUCAAAUGUAUAGCGUGCGGCUUCAGGUCGGCGAUAAGCAGUCGUAUUGUGGGAGGGAAUGUGUCGAAGUCUGGCCAGGUCCCGUGGCAGGUCAGCCUUCAUUACCAGAACCAGUAUCUUUGUGGAGGAUCCAUCAUCAGUGAGAGCUGGAUACUCACUGCUGCACACUGUGUGUUCGGAUUCGCGCAGCCAGUAUUAUGGGAUGUGUAUGCUGGGUUGAUAAACCUGCCGCUGAGUAAAGCUGAAGCUCAUUCUGUGGAGAAAAUCAUCUACCAUGCCAACUUCAGGUCAAAAAGCUUCAGCUAUGACAUUGCACUAAUAAAGCUUGCACUACCUCUGACUUUCAAUGAUCAAAUCGCCCCCAUCUGUUUGCCUAAUUACGGCGAGAGCUUUAAGAAUGGACAGAUGUGUCUGAUCUCAGGCUGGGGAGCCACAGUGGACGGUGGAGAGACCAGUGUGUCUCUACAUGUCGCUCAGGUCCCUUUACUGUCUAACAAACAAUGCAAGAAACUGGGUCUGACAAACUGGAACGUCUGCACAGGAUUUUUGAAGGGUGUUGGGACAUGUCAGGGGGACAGUGGAGGGCCGCUGGCCUGUCAGGGGUCCGGGUGGACACUGGUCGGGACAGGCAGCUGGGAUGAAAACUGUGGAAAAGUAAACAAACCAGGAAUUUACACUAGCAUAAGUGAAGCUCUCACGUGGAUUCAAGAACAAAUGGAGAAAGAAGAGAAUCAGCUACAGUGAGCAUCUCAUGGUGGACAAGCUUCAAUUGGACUCUAUGCACAUUUUCAUACACAUCUGAU